GCCAUCGCGCCGCGCGUGCGUGCCGGCGCACUGAGGGGGCCGGCCUCGCCGCUGCCCCGCCGCCCGCCGCUGCUCUCCCAAGAUGGCGGCUCCUCCGGGCGAGUACUUCAGCGUUGGGAGCCAGGUUUCAUGCCGAACGUGCCAAGAGCAGCGGCUGCAGGGCGAGGUGGUAGCCUUUGACUACCAGUCCAAGAUGCUGGCGCUCAAAUGUCCCUCUUCCAGCGGAAAGCCUAACCAUGCAGACAUCCUGCUUAUAAAUCUACAGUUUGUCUCGGAAAUUGAAAUAAUUAAUGACCGCACAGAAACCCCUCCUCCCCUAGCUUCUCUCAAUGUUAGCAAGCUUGCCAGCAAAGCUCGAACAGAGAAAGAGGAGAAGCUGAGCCAGGCCUAUGCAAUUAGUGCUGGUGUCUCUCUGGAGGGACAACAGCUUUUCCAGACCAUUCAUAAGACCAUUAAGGACUGUAAAUGGCAAGAAAAAAACAUUGUAGUAAUGGAAGAAGUUGUUAUUGCACCUCCCUAUCAAGUGGAAAACUGUAAAGGCAAAGAAGGGAGUGCACUGAGCCACGUACGAAAAAUAAGCCCUGUAGGGACCAGCAAACUGGCAGAAUCUUCAGAGGAUGGAAACAAGGAAUCCUGAACCAGGGUACCUAGGAGUCAGUGCCUGGGUCUCAUUCUGUCCUUGCUACCUCAGUUUCUUCUUUAUGAUGGCAGAUCAUAGUUAGGCCAAACUGGGCAGCUAGGUGAUAUGGUGGACAGAGAGCACUGGGCUUGGAAUCAGGAGUUCAAAUCUUGACUCACUAGAUUACCAGCUUGUUAACUAGUGUGACCCUGGGCAAAGUUUCCCUCCCAGGGUGUUAUGAUCAUCAAAUGAGAUAUUUAUAAAGUUCACAGUGCCUGACACAUAAUAGGUGCUAUAUAAAUGUUAGUUGUUGUCAUCCUCAUCCUCAUCAUUAGGUGAGCAUUGGGGUUGUUAGGAAGAGUGGUUUUAAGAUAGGGACCCUAGUUUAUUACUGAUGACAGUCUUUUUCUCCUACCUAGUGUCAGCAAACUUUCUGAGGGCUAGGGUAGAAAGGUGAGAUGUUCAGGUUCCUCCAAUGCCCAAGUGAUAUUACUCACCAUCUGACUAGUGGGGACCCCAAUCCUAUUUCUUUCCCACUUCCCUCAUAGGGUUUAGAGGCUAGCAUUGCCAUGGUGAUAAAUUCCCCUCCUAGGGUGGCAGCAAGCCCCAUAUGGGGGAUAGCUAUCAAACUCAGGUCUAUAGCAGCAACCUGGCUAUUCCUUGUUCUUGCCAAGCCCCUAGGACUGUGUUGGAAAAUUGCCAAGAAAAUGGCCUCCCUAGCUCUUCCCCCAGGAAUUACCUGAUGGUCCCUGGUUCUAGAAUACCCACAGCUAUCAACAACCUGCCCAGGAGAUACUUUGAAGGGCUGUGGAGACUUUGGGUACGCAUGCCCUGCAGUGCUUUAUAGCACCCAACUUCAGAGCCCUCUGGCUUAGCUUUUUUUUUUCCCCAACCUUUUCUCUCUUAGAAUUAAUACUGUCUUGUUCCAAGGCAAAAGAGUGGUAAGGGCCAGGCAAUGGGGUUACGUGACUUGGCAAGGGUCACAUAGCUAAGGGAGUGUCUGCAUUGAGAUUUGAAUCCAGGACCUCCCAGUCUCUAGGCUUGGCUCUCUAUCCAUUGAGCAACCUAGUUACAUUAGUUUUAGGCUCCUUGCAUCACCUCCUCAGCCAUAACUGGCUUAUGUAUUUGCACCUGACUUUCCUGAUGUUCUGGGCUUCUUUGAAAGAGCUGGACCUUCCCUGUGUGAAAUCUCCUCAAAGUCUGUAGUUUUUAGAGACCCUGGAACUUCUUGACCUGAGCCAUAGCCACUUGGUUCGACUGGAGCAGGGCACUUUUAGGGGAAUAGGCUGAGGCCUUCAUUUUGUAAUAGGUGCUUCCCUGAACUAGCCGGAAUACUCCAUUCCAAGAAAAUGGUGGACGUCUGUUAUAGGCACCAGGCUCCUGUUUAUAAGCAGCACUCUGCUUAUGCAAAUGUUAUUCACAGAGUGUUUGGGAUACUGGGCUUCACUUGCAAAUAGCACAUUUUAGGAAACUAUAUGGGGCCUGCUCUGGCAAGAUCUGAACUGAUGGGUAUAUUGUGCUGAAUGGGUUUUAGGCUGUUCAGAGACGAAAGAUAGGCUAGGAGUGUCAAGAAAUUAGGUAUAGGCGUAUCCAAGCCAUGAUCCUCUUUUACCCUUCUCUGGUUCAGUUUUAGUGGUUGUCAGUAAGUACUUAAUCAGUAUCUACUAUAUGCCAGGCACUAUGCUAUGUUUGGGGUAGAAAGAAUAGUAAAACAGUCCCCACUCUACAACUUGGUCUAAUGAAACAAAAUGAAAACCACCAUGUAGAAAUAACAUGAGGCAGCUAGGCUCCUCAGUGGAUAGAGAACCAGGCCUGGAAAGGAGAGGUCCUGGGGUUCAAAUGUGACCUCAGAUACUUCCCAGCUGUGUGACCCUGGGCAAGUCACUUAACCCUAAAUGCCUAGCCAGUGUUGGCAAACCUUUUAGAGAUCAAGUGUCCAAACUGCACCUUCAAGCUGCCUGUAAACCCCACCUUUACCCCAGACAGCAGAGGAAUUGGAAUUGGGCUGCUGGGUGUGGCAGUGGAGAGGGUGAAUGGAGCAGCUCUUCUGCAUGCCAGGGCACCAGUGUCAUGUCUUCACCAGCAUGUCCCUAUCCCUUGCCACUCAUCUGCCUUGGAACCUAUAAUUAGUAUCAGUUCUAGGAUAGAAGAUAUGGGUUUAAAAUAUAUAUACACAGGAUAAAUUCAAGAUAAGUAGAGUGAAGGAGCUAACAUUAAGAGAAAGUGGGAAAGACUUGAGAAUGUUGUAGAGCAUUGGACUAAGAAAUAACUCCUCACUAUUUUUGACUAAGUGUUAGUAAUAUAAGAUGCCAGAAUCUAUUCCAAGACUGGAAAUUGGGUUUCUUCUCCUAGGAAUGCCAGGAGGGAGCAGAGGAGAAUUGAGGGUAUGGGAUAUAGCAGAUUUGGGAUGGAGUACCAAGAAAGCUUUUAUUAACACCACCCAUUGCAGCUCUGCAAAUCUUAGUGUUUCAUUGGUCAACGUUCCCUGGUCUCCAAAAGAGCUAUAUUUUGAAGCGGAUCUCAGUUUGUAGAUGAUAUCCAAAAAACAAGCACUUUCAGUUCUAUCUAGACUUACAGCUUAAUGACUUGUGUUCCUCACUGAUGCACCUGCAGUUUUGUCCUCCAGAUCUGAACUGGAGAUUGGUCUCAGGAGAAAUAAACUUGUUGGAGAAUGGA